GACAUUACAAUUUACAUUAUUUUUUCCUCCUGAUAAGUUUUUUUCCUUUAUGAUGUUUUCUACAUUUCACAGAGAAAAGUGAUACUAAUGACAAGGCCAAUGACAGAAGCUGCCAUCACAGAGCUCUACAACACCUUUUCUCCCAAAACCUGGUGCAUUGCGGAUUUGGGAUGUUCCUCGGGACCAAACACUUUCAUGGCUGUUUUCGACCUAAUCAAAACCGUCGAUAAAAGGCGCAAAUCUUUAGGGCUUGAAUCUCCAGAAUAUCAGGUCUUCUUGAAUGAUCUUCCGACAAACGAUUUCAACACCAUCUUCAAAUCAGUGCCUGAAUUCCAAGAAAAACUAAGGAAUGAAAUGGAAGCUGGUUUUGGACAGUGUUUUGUGACUGGAGUUCCGGGUUCAUUCUAUCAAAGGCUUUUUCCAUCCAGAAGUCUUCACUUCGUUUACUCAUCUUAUAGUCUUCACUGGAUUUCCAAGGUUCCUGAAAUGGAAGAAGCUAAUAAAGGAAACAUUCAUAUGGCAAAUUCAUGCCCUGCAAGUGUGAUAAAGGCCUACGUGAAGCAGUUUGAGAAGGAUUUUUCAUCUUUUCUAAGCUGCCGUUCGGAAGAAAUAGUGACUGGUGGCCGGAUGGUUUUGACAUUAUUGGGAAGAAAAAAUGAAAAUCCUUGCAGCAAAGAAGGAUAUUAUCAUUGGGAGCUUUUAGCUAUGGCUCUAAGAGAGAUGGUUUCCGAGGUAUUCCAGUUAAUGUUUAAGUUAUGUACACACAUUUCAAUUAUUUCCUUCACAUUUUCAUACUUCAUGUUGUUGGACUAUUACAAUGAGACGAUAGGAAUAAUUUUGCAGAAAUGGAUAUCACGGUUAAGUUUGGACCACCUAAUAUCCAAAGAUGGCGGAUAUACUGUGUAACUAUUUAACAUUCACAAAUGACAUGGCAGGGUCUGAUACAAGAAGAGGAAUUAGAUUCAUUCAACAUUCCAGAUUACAAACCAUCUCCGACGGAAGUGCAAUCUCUAAUCGAGGUGGAAGGAUCUUUCAAGAUCGAUCGCCUCGAGACUUCCGAGAUACAUUGGAAUGCAUAUGAAGGCGAAAUUCUGGAAAACGGAAAAUUCAGAGAUGGUGGAAACAAUGUUGCCAAAUGCAUAAGAGCUAUAGCUGAGCCUUUGCUUGUUCGUCACUUUGGUGAAGAGAUUAUUGAGGAAGUCUUCUCCAGAUACAAGGACAUACUAAAUGAUUACAUGUCUAAAGAGCAAAACACUCGGUUCGUUAAUCUGACGGUCUCCUUGAUCAAAACGAAUAGAUUAUUUGGAGCAGGACCUACUUAAAUAGAAUCUAUAUCAGUUAAGGAAAUAGAUUUGGACACCGGGUAUGAUAUUGCUUUUGUACUCUUAAUGAAUUGAUAAUCAAACAAUUAUGCAAUUCCUUUAGUGAUAGUUAGCCUACACUUGAAAUGAUUGAUAUGCCAUUCCCCUGUAACCUUGUAUCAAUGACUACUGGAAAAGAAAGCUCUGCCUAAGUUUGCAAGAUGAAACAGAAAAUAACCUUCUCCUAUCUUUGUGAAAGAUCAUAAAAAUGCCAAUCGACAACCUUCCACCGAAUGCAAACAAACACACACCCAACACAUUUUCAAUUUGCCAUACAGAAUUCAGACAUGAAACCAUCAUUGAUUUGCAAACUAAUAACGUCAAUAACCUGUUACAGCGUGUGAUCAAAUUUGUUUUGAUUGCAAUCCUACACAAUAAUAGUUCCUGUGAACAGACCUGAUGUGCAACUUAAUGCAGUAUAUCAAUCUCAAUUUGGUUAAGGCUCCGUUUGGUUAGAUUGAAUUGUAAUUACAAUACU